AUGGAUAACUUGAGGCGUUCUACAACAAGUUACCCAUACCCACCUUCAGGGCAGACUCUGAAUCUGACUCUGAACAAUUUCUACCCAGACAUUCACUCACGAUACCAACCAGUCAGCAAUGAUAUACAUUCUGGAUAUCUGCGAAGCAGCUACCAAGAUACCUUCCCAGGAUAUCGUCCAAACAGCUACCAAAGUACCAAUAACCGACACAAGCCAACUUUCAACCAAAAUCACUGUCCAGUAUACCAACACAGCAAAUACAAUAUCACUUCAGGAUUCCAGGCUCAAAAUUAUCAAAGCAACCAACCAAGCAGUGUUAGAAAUAAUCAAGGGUACCAACUACACACUCAACAAGGACCUCCUGAAAUCUCAGAGGCAGAAAUGGAGGAAAUUCGACAAAGAAUGGCCAAUCAGAGACAAAGAAGAUUUGAAUUCAAGGCAGAGAUAAUGCAAGAAAUCCAUGAGCGGAGACAAGAAAAUAUGGCUCUUGCUAAAGAACUCAACCAGUAUGAGGAUUUUGUUGGACAUCCUGAUUAUUUGGAAGAAGUGCACAGACUACGUUUGAUGAGGUUGAGGCUAGUGAAGAUUAGAUCCGAUAGAAAUGAUGAACGCAUGGCUUUACGUUCAAAAGAACUACAAUCCAAACAUCAUAGUCCAUUGCCAGAUAAAAAAUCUCCAAAUGCAGGGGAAUAUGUAUCUCAUUCAGGGCUGACAGGACAUGAAACUCCUUCAUCUGUUACUACAUCAGCCUCGUUUGGUGUAACUAAUAAGGAUGUCUAUGAACGUGUUGGAAAAUUAGAAGCUGAGAUAAAGACAUUUUUGGGAGAUCUUCCUCAAGAUUUCUCACCAAGAGCUGCCACAAGAAACCACGGCAGACACUUUAAUGCAAUUGAUCAACGCUCUACCCACCACAGACAAAUCAACCGUGAAAAGACCAGAGAGUAUGGCACGAUUAGCCCCCAAGCUCAACCUAAACAGAAGCCUGUGUUAGAACAAUACACCAGAGAUGGAAAACAGCCAGUUCAUACCAAGGAGAGGAAGCAUUUGCUAUAUUCAAACUAUGAUGAUCUGAUUGUGAAACAGCAUCAUGUCUCUGUUCCAAGUCAAACUAAUACCAUCGGAGAAAAUAAGAAAGGCUUUUCUGAGUACACUCAAAGGGGAUGUCAACAGGAUCAUCAAAUCCAAGAAAAAGGAAUCACCAAGACAUCUUCCUUAAACAUUAAUGGGGAUGUCAAUGUCUUUGAAUGUAGUCCAAAUAAAACAAGCUGUCAGCUGUCAGAUAAUAAUUGUAUGGAUACUUCUUCUGAUACAAACACCAAUACAAAUUCAGCAAGAAAAGAAGAUCUUGAAGACUGUAUGUUGGUAUUAGCACGUCCAAAGUGCAGCAGCUCAGGAACCAUUCUUCAUUUUGAAGUGGAUGAGGAUGCUUCCGAGAUUACAAGUGUGACAAGACUGAAGAAUUAUGGAAAUGUACCACAGUAUAAUCCUACUCCCAAUGGGAAUGUCCCAGUCAAAAUUGUCCCUUCUUCUCAGAAACAAAGGAGCAACAACUCCCAGUCCAACAGCAUGUCAGCCAGCAACAUCCAAAUGAAAGAUAAACUUCCUGGUUUAAGAUCAAUGAGCCAUGAAUUUCAGCAAAAUCAGGGAAGAAAUGUCUGUACCACAUUUUCAAAUGUGCCAUUUAGAGAGAGAAAGCCAGCAGCAGUACCAAAGUGCAGCUACAUGUCUAAUACUUAUAAUGCAGCUAAAUCCUUUGAAGGUCCAGAACACAAAGCAUCAAACCAACAUCCUUAUCCUGAUGUACAAAAUGUAUUCAAACAAGUGUCUGAAGAUCAAGAUCCCUCAUCAGAAAUGAUGAAUUCUGUAAAGGGAGACAACCAUCUGUAUAUCCCUUUCCGACUGGUCUCCUCUCUCCUGGGGUCAGAACGUGUUGCUAACCUUGAUCUCCCUCAGCAUCUGGACCUUGGCAACAAAGACCUGUACAUCCCUUUUAAGCUUGUAUCUUCUGACCAGAUCAAAUUUGAAGGUUUACCACAAAUCUCCGACCAUCAAUCGGAUACCGAGGCUAAGAUCACAUACCUCGAUUACGAUGAGGUGGCACAAGAAUUACAAAUUAGACAUGGUUCGCCAUGGAAUGAGGCAAAUAGCCAUUUUUCUGAGCUGCAUGUGACACACUCCCAGCAUGGUGACGGUCCGACAUUAGAUCUGUCUGGUAUAAUGUCACCCUGUGAGAUCAUUGAUAGAAUAUAUGAGGGGACUGUGGCAUGUUUCUUCCCAGACAGAAGUAGUGGAGAAUACAGGUUCACUGCCCUGUAUAGGAAACCUGAGGAUACUGGUGGUCAAACUGGAAAAGACCCAGGAAAGGACUGGUCAGACUUACAAUUGACAGAUACCAGGAAAGAUCUUCUGGGAAAUCACCAUUUCGACAUUCCCUUCAAACUUGUAUCUACUGACCAGCCCCGACCAGAUGAUGUACCCAGACUUGACCUACUCGGGAUUGUCUCAAAAUCAGACAUUGAUAUUGCUAGAAUCAACGAGAAUAUAUUAUCAGAGCUUGUGUCAGAUAGUGAAGGACAAGCGAGCAGAUAUGCUGACAGUACUCCUGCACAAAGUAUUGCUUCAUGUGAGCAAGUGUAUGAAGGUGAUCACCAUGAUGGCACAUCCGGUACUUCAUCAUUAAGUAAAGAGGAACACAUCUCUAAGGGAACAGUACCAUCACACACAGGGCGACCAGAGACUGUGACCAGUCCAGAGAUGUUUGUAUCAACCUCUGAUGAAGAAGUGGCCAGAAUAAACCAAGGCUUUAUGUGUAGUCCUUCCAUGUUAACAGCUGAGAAGGCAACAUUAGAUAACAAUGACAUUGACAUAAAGAACAAAAGUGAACAAGAAGAGCUCGGGUACCAACAGCUUACCAACACUAGAGAGGCCACCCGCAAUAUUCUCAAAACUCAUGACCCUGUGCUUCUCCAAUCUGAAGUACCUCCACAAGCAUCAUCAAAAGGCAAUGAUGGCAAUGGAAAUGACCUCAAUACAUUGAAAUCAGUACACUUUUCAGGAGCCCAUGACUGCUCAACAGAUAUGAAGAAAUCUGUAAAGGGAGACAACCAUCUUUAUAUCCCUUUCCGACUGGUUUCCUCUCUCUUGGGGCCAGAACGUGUUGCUGAUCUUCAUCUCCCUCAGCAUCUGGACCUUGGCAACAAAGACCUGUACAUCCCUUUUAAGCUUGUAUCUUCUGACCAGAUCAAAUUUGAAGGUUUACCACAAAUCUCCGACCAGCAAUCGGAUACCGAGGCUAAGAUCACAUACCUCGACUACGAUGAGGUGGCACAAGGUAAAGAUGCACAUUUUGUACAUGAUUGA